UAUCCAAGUGACAAGUGUAAACAUUCGACGUAUUUGUCUCCCACAAACGCAGAAUUUUGGUCAAAACAUCGAUAAAAAGACCCAUAUUGAGUGAAGAAUACUUUUUUCUUGAGCAAUUUAAUAAUUCCAAUGCACUCAUUUACAUAGAUAUGCACUAGAUAAAACGAAAGAAUUGAUUUGGGCCAGUUGGGGAGGACCCGUGUGUAAAAUAAUUGAUGAAGUGACGUCAUCUUGAGGUCGGCUGCAUAUUUUCGGGCAAGCGAGCGAGCGGCGCGGUCGCAAACUUUAAGUUUGAGGAUGUCAUGCGUGGAUGUUCAAGUCAUCUUUCCGGGCAGUUUUUGGACUGUGAAUCCAGUGGAAGUAACCCUUGCUAUCAUAUUUGGUCUCCUAGUUGGAGUUGUCAUUGCGAUUGUGGUGGCGCGAUGCUUCUUCCAAGAGCUUGCCAAGGACAGGAUCCAACAGGCAGAAAAGAAAGACUGGACCAACAGUGGAAUGUACGAAAAGCGAAUUUCAUAUGCUGAGGAGGUUCCACUGACUGAGGUAUAUCACGAAGAUGAAUCGCCGUCAUCCAGUGGGAAGAAUCGGAGAUCCAGCAGUCUCAGCGCCAAAGACUUCCGCAGUCAGGCUACCAUCGACAGCUAUGAUGAGGAAAGAGCAGAAGAGGAAGAUGCCUACUGCUGCCUGAUCACAGCUCUCACCAAGACCUCAAUGGUGAAGACACAAACAGAGCUGAGCUUACAAGACUACAGGGAGACACAGAAACUUGAAGAGGAACUGCAUCAGGAGAAAACAUCGGUGUUCCUGCAACUUCUUCGGAUCAUUCUGAGCAAGUUUGUUGCCAAGGAGCGACUUGACGAAGAGUAUACUGAAAGAUUUCUCGACAAAUACUCAGAGAUGGUGGAGUCAGCUGUUCAGGCCGUUGCGUCAGAGCAGGCAGCAGCUGAGGAUGAAAUCCGACAGAAACUGGGUGUGUCCAAAGACCCUCUGGCUCUAGAGGAAGCCCUGGAGAAGACUAGACCUGAGAGCACUCGCAAGAUGGUUCGAGCUCUCCAAGAUGCCCAAUUGAAGAUACAGGAUGACUUGGCUAAGGAGACCGAUCUGAGUGACGAGGAGAUUGACGCCUUGGUUGAGAAACUAACAGAGAAUAUGGCAGAGGUGGAGAGAAUGAUUGGGGAAGAGGCAGCAAGACAAGCUAAUAUCUUGCAAGAGCGAUUGGAGCGGCGCCGAGCUCUGGCCCAGCAGUACUCGGAGAUAAAGACCAGGGAGGAGACAGGGAACCAGACACGGUUGACAGACGUGCGCAACAUCUUGGAGGGAUUGGUUGAUGAUAAACAGUUGCUACAAGAGCAGUGUGAAAGCAUAGUGAAGCAGUAUGAGGCAGACUUGGCCCAGAUACAGGAAAAUCAUCAAGCAGAGGUGAUGAGCCAGAGUCUUCAGCUAAGUGAAAAGUUGCGCAAGUUCCGAGAGAAGAAACUGAGGAAGCUGGAGAAACAGCAAGAGGAGGAGAUGGAGGAACUAACGAGGGCUGCCUCCAAAGCUGUCAACAUCUCUGACUUUGUUCAGGCUCAUCAUAAUCUCCUGGAGCAGCAUCGAGACAAAAGCAACAGCCUGAUGGAUGAAUUGGAUCACCGGGAGGCAGAGGAUGUACAGACCCUCAGACAGCAACUGGAGCAAAAUCGGGAGGAAUCUAUCGCCAAGCAAGAGGAGUCCCUCUUUGAGAUUCUGGCUGAGCGAGCGAGGCUGUCUGAGAAAGAGGCAGCCAAGAUUAUGAGACAUCACACAGCUAACGUCAAGGCAGCUGAAGAAAAGCAAGAGGAGCUGAAGAAGCAACAGCAGGCGGAGAUUCAGGAACGCUUAGCCCAGCGCAAGGCAUUAUGGGAAGAGGAACAACAGCGACUUGAGGCCGAGCAGCGACAGCUAGCUGAACAGCAAGCCAAGACGGUCAGCCGGCUUCUGGACACACAAAGUGGGCUGGAUGAAGAGGCUCGUCGACAAAUAAUGUUGCAGCAUGAGCAAAACACACUAGCAGUCAAUAACCAACUUCAGAUGGCCAAGAUGAAACAACAAAAACUACUGGAGGCGAGGUUGGCUCAACGACGAGCUCGGAUGGAACUCUUAAAGGAGAGACAAGAGGAGGAGCUUGAGGCAGCCAAGUCUGACAGACACGUCGCUGAACUCAAGGAGCAACAUGCUCAAGAGGUCGCAGCUGAGAUGAAAGCCAUCGAGCAAGCCAAGGCCGAGCUGCGAUCCCGGCUGGCUCUUGAGACCAAGGAAGCCCUGAAGGCCCAGGACGAGCAGCUGGGAAUCCUGAUCGGCAAGCUGCAAGUCGGACAGGCCAGACGACAGGGCAUCAUCAAGAAGCAAGACAAAGCUAUUAAAGAGCUACAGGAGCAAAUGGUGGACACGGUGUCGGUGAACCAGGCCGUCUCAGAGCACCAGACUGACCGCAUCAUCAAGAGGCACAUGCGAGAGAUUGAGGAGGUAGAAGAGAAGAUGCGAGAGGCAAGGGCACAUCAGGCCAAGGUGCUACAGGACAAGUACGAGGCCAAAAAGUUACUGAAAGAAAAGACUAUUGUCUCACAGCUUGAAGAAGAGAGGAAAGAGAUUACCAGAAAACAAUCAGGACAACUUGCACAGUCUGCACUGACUAUCAUGAGUCAGAUGCUCUUGGAGACUAGACACAAGCAAGCCAUGAGCAAACUGGAGCAAGAGAUGAAGAGAGAAUUGGCCGAGCAAAAAGAGGAACUGAAUCAACAACUAGAGAGAGCCAUGAUUGAAGAACUGGAGGAGCAAGAGAAGAAUUUCUUGGGUCAGUUGGCUGUAGCCAGCGAGAUGAGCAGAGAUGAUUUGAAGGACUUGGUGAACACAGCUGUUGCAGAGGGAGGCGGGGACUCGUCUGACGUGAAGAAAUUAUCCAAGGACCUGACGCAGCGUAUCAAGACAGCCAGAGCUCAGCCCGAUGAGGAAGAAGAGGAAGACGAGACAGAGGAGAAACCAAGGAGGAAAGGCAAGAAGGCAAAGGCAAAGAAGAAAUGAGACAAGGAUAGAAUCGUGGAGAACGGUGGUAAUGAGGGAUGCAGAAGCGAUAUGGAUUCAGGACGUCAGUUGGUAGAGUGAUAAACAUUUUAAAUGUGGUCUAAGACAGGUUGAAUAAGAGAAAUCAUUCCAGUGUGCAAAGGACUAUUUCAGCAUUUAGUCAAUAUUUCAUUGAUAUCUGGUAAAGAACCUUUCUGUAUGUGGCAGACAUACAUGAAGUCGUUCUUCAGCAGUGGGAAAGCCUGAUGAACAUAUUGUUUCACAAAAUGAGGGCCUGACAUCUCAGCAGUCUUUCUUAAAGGCAAUAUUUUUUGGUGGAGCCCCAGCAUAUGGAGUACGUCCCACAAACCUCCCACAGCUCAGACCAAAUGUUCUGGAAAGUAGAAACCUGUACCCCAACUUAUGGACAAUACAGAAAAUGAGUAAUGUAUGAAACAUUAAGAAAUGGCAGAUAAAACUAUGGUGUAACUUGUAAAUUCUAGCUGUUUAAUAUUUCGACCACACACAAAAAGACACCUGGCAUUCUUUAAGUAUAUAUAUAACUACACAUAGUACUAACUCUAUGGAGCAACGUGCUUCAUAGCAAUGUACAGCAAUAUUGACAACAUUGCUAGCAGACUUUCAAGUCAUUUGGAAUUUACAAUACUUUUUUUACUCUCAAAAAUGUACAGUUCCAACCAUUUUGGAAAACCAAAUUUCACUUAUUAAAAGCCACCCAGAAAGAAAAAAUUGCUUACAAAAUUAUACAAAGUUAUGUAAGUAGAAAAUAUUGAACCAAAAAAUGAGAUAUUACAGUUUCUUGAAUGCAUCAGUUUUCAAAUGGACGUGAGCAAGUGCACUUCUGUCAGUCCCUCAAUAUGGCAUGUUUGGCAGCAUCUUCUGUUGAUUAUACAUUGAUAUUUAAAAGGUCAGAGUAUCAUAAAUGUGGGUCAUCCUUAAUGCACUUGAUGUGAUUUGCCCUUUUUAUUUCAUUUUAAAAUAUUUUUCUUGGUAAUUCAGCCAAGUUGGGACCUCUUGUAUUGAAAAGUUUUAAUUGGAAUUUUGAUUUCUUUCUAAAAAUGAUUGAUAACUGCUGAAACAGCAGUUGUCUUAUUCAAAAUACCAAAAUAUGAAUAUUCAGUACAUCUACUUGUAUCUGUGGUUUUGUUCGUUUAGUUAGUGGAGGUUGAAGUUUAAAGUGGCCUAUCAACAUAGACAAGAAUUUUUCCAAAAGUGCACUUUUGUAAAGUACAGUUAAACACAGAUUAUAAGAGCAUUGUUAAUACAACAUUUUAACAAGAUUUGCCAUGUUAGUGCUAAGAGGUCCUUCAUGAGAAAUUGCAUAAAAAGGUCUUUAUUGAAAAAAUCCUAUUUUUAAAUAUGAAUUCGGGCAAAACUUUCGUUAGAAUUUAAAUAUAUUGGCCCCAGGAAACUAGUUUAAUAAAUAAAAGUAAAACAAAUGUA